UUACAAACCACCUCAGCAAAACAACAACUUCACAUCUCAAAAUAUGUGUACCGGUCCAAAUCACGAGUGCCGCCGAUGCGGCAAUUUUGAAGGUCCAGAUUCUGUGGAGUUCGAGAGCCGCUGCGAUAACCCGUGGGCAUAUGGUCAUACCAUUACCGUAGUUAGUGCGGUUAUUGUCACUUCGGCUUGCGGGGCUUGCAAGAGGCUGGCAAGGGACGAAGCUGACGAACUUGACGAAAUGUUAAGACAACAAAAUAGUCCCACAAGGCAACUUCAUGAACAGAACCCACAAGCACCCCAAAAUCAAGAGUUUCCAUUAUUUUUUAUAUUAUGGUGCGAACUAAAUAGCAACGGUGAACUUGCAGAGAACGAGUUAUCUGCUGAAGAAGCGCUGAACGCUGACAUCGCAAGCUUCUUGGGGUAUCUCCGAGAUGCACACUUUGAUCCAGCUCAUGUUCACCUUGCUCACUUAUAUGGAGGCCACAUUGAGUGGUUACGACUCGACAAGCGCACAAACUUCGACUUUGAGCCUCUUAUGCAGCCAGCCUUACCUCGAUUUCAGAUAUGGGCGCGAUCGCAAGCGACCAGAGAUCAUGUCCAGCAAGACAAUCAUACCAUUGCUGCCAGCGAUGCACAUCGACGGUUUCAACGCAUGGUCGUCACAUAUGCUGAAAUGCUCGACCCUCGAGAUAGAGCAGAAUUCCAGGCAUCCAGGGAGCGUCAAGCUGUCAAUGGUCGCCGAGAGCAGAAUUAUGAAGAGCGACAGGACCAUGAGUACAAUGUGCUUCCAUGGAGGGCGUGGAUCCCCAUCCUCACUCCCGACGUCCCUGCUCCAGCUGAGCAAGAAGAUGAGCCCAUCGAAUCCUUCUCCCACUGGGUCUCACGCCGUGAUUACCUACCGCCGCAUGUUCAACGAUAUCCAACACAUCCCGGCGCCGUCGCUUGGCACGAAAGUAUCAUCCUCAUGCAUGGAGCUGCGGACCGACACUUCAAUUUCGUCCCAAAUUUUUACGUAGCGCGGCCAGAGAUCUUGAGCUUCAUGCAGUUUCGUGCUAGAGAUGCGCCGGCUGGAAGUGUGUACGCACUUCCGUUCGAUGAGGCGCUUCGAGAGUAUGAGCGGUACUUGUCUCAUGAGCUCCCUGGCCCGAGAAUGAACCAGCGCUGGUUAGAUGCGGUGGAUGAGUGGAUGUUUCAGGCGAGAGCUCAGUUGUAA